GUCGGCAAGAAGGAAAGGGUCCACGUCGUCGUGUGUCGCGGGUGUCAUCCACAACGAUUAGGUCUUGGCGCGGUCUGUCGCCGUUCGAUCGCGAUCCUGCAUAGCCGCUCGCAACGUUAGAAGAGCGGAGAACAAGACGACGACGACGACGACGACGACAACGACAACGGCGACGACAAUCUCCGUCCGUGAGGUCUGCGCGGCGACGGCUGGUGACAGUGAGAGGGUGGGGGAGAAGAGGAGACCAACCACCACCCCUCCCCUCGCUCCUCCUUCCACGAGGAAUUACCAAAAUGGUGGCGCGAGACAACGCGGGUGAUGUGUAGGCAGAUAUCGGUUCGCAUCGCGUUCGUUUCAGGGAGGUGCGAGGUACGCGAGCGUAACUUUGCGAGGCCGACGGCAGCAUGGGCGACCCGAAGAGCCAGCACGGCGCGCAGGAGAUGAAAGGCUGGCUUUUCAAAUGGACGAACUACCUGAAAGGUUACCAACGGAGAUGGUUCGUCCUGUCAAACGGCCUCCUGUCGUACUACAGGGCUGAACCAACAGGGGGGCCAAAAUCAUCGCGACGCAAGCGGAGGGCUGGCAGAGCCUCCGAGAACCCCGCGGAGAUGUCCCACACCUGCCGCGGCACGAUUUCCUUACACGGGGCCUUAAUACACACGGUGGACGCUUGUACCUUCGUCGUGAGCAACGGCGGCACGCAGACCUUCCACAUCAAGGCGUCGACCGAGGUGGAACGGCAGCAGUGGGUCACAGCCCUCGAGCUGGCAAAAGCCAAGGCUAUCCAAGCGAUGGAAUCUGCUUUAGUACUUCGGCGACGUUAUGCGGCGAAAUCUCUUUUAGAAGAAGAGGAGGAGGAAUAUCAAGAUAACGACAAUCAAAACGUAGAAACUGCGUCCGUGAUCAAGGAUCUAACGCGACGGUUAGACGAUCUACAAACGUGCUAUGAUUUGAUGCUUAAGAAGGGAUCUGCGUUUCAACGAGCUUUAGCCGAGUUGGAAAUGUUGGAGCCUCCGUCCCCCGAAUUAGCAGCGAAAUUCAAGAUCGUCAGUGAACGAGCCACGCUUUUCCGGGUUGCGGCAAAUGCUAUGAUUAACACGAGCAGCGAUUACUUGUUAGUAGCCCAGCAACAAGAGCCUAAGUGGAAAAAGAUGCUACAGCACGAGCGCGAUCAGAAGGUGCGGAUAGAGAAAAUGGUUGAACAGUUAGCUAGGCAACAUUCCCACUUGGAGGAAGCCGCGCAACACGCGAUUCCUUCAGCGACACCUGCAGGAGGACACAAACCUUCACAUCCCGCAGUUACAACGUCACCAUCGGAGGAUGAGGAAGACAACGCCGAAUUUUACGACGCUCAAGAAUCUGACACUUUCACGCUAACCAUACCCACGAGCAAUUCGAUUUCCCACGCGAGAGAUCGCACCGAUUCUCAGGGUAGCGACGAUGGCUCUAGUUCAGAGGGAGAUCAGACGCCUUUGCCUGUCUCCGAUUCCACUGGCGCCGAGUCGUUUCUCAUUGUGACCGAUUCCACGGCGGCGCAGACUCCUUCACCUGUCAGGACCACCGACGACCUGGAUAAUACUUGGCGGUCCAAUAAUGGCGGUAGCAGCACCGGGAUGACCACCGUUUCUAAACGGAAACGAAGGACUAGGGUACCUGACAAACCAAAUUAUCCCUUGAACCUAUGGAGUAUAAUGAAAAAUUGCAUUGGCAAAGAUUUGUCAAAAAUUCCCAUGCCAGUUAAUUUCUCUGAGCCGCUUAGUAUGCUUCAACGACUAACGGAAGACUACGAAUAUGCAGAUAUUCUUGAUAGGGCUGCAGAAUGUACAGAUAGUUAUGAACAGAUGGCUUUUGUAGCCGCGUUCACUGUGUCUAGUUACGCUACAACCGCCGCCAGAACGGCAAAACCUUUCAAUCCUCUUUUGGGUGAAACUUACGAGUGUGAUCGUACGGAUGAUCUUGGGUGGCGCGCAAUUUCGGAACAAGUGUCUCAUCAUCCGCCUAUGCUAGCUCAACAUUGCGAAGGAAAGAAAUGGCGAUGUUGGCAGGAGUUUACAAUGGCUUCAAAAUUUCGUGGAAAAUAUCUGCAGGUGAUUCCUUUGGGUACCGCUCAUUUAGAAUUUAACAGUGGUCAGCAACAUUACACAUGGCGUAAAGUUACUACUACAGUACAUAAUAUUAUAGUUGGAAGAUUAUGGGUCGAUCAAAGUGGCGAUAUGGAUAUUGUAAAUCAUAAGGAAGGUAUCAAGUGCCAUUUGAAGUACAUACCUUACUCGUACUUCUCUCGAGAUAGCCAGCGCAAGGUGAAGGGUGUAGUUAUGAAUUCCAAUAAGGAAGUUAAGUGGGUAGUGCAGGGCACAUGGGAUUCGAAGAUAGAAAUUGCACCGGUAAUUAGCACGACUGGUACACCCGAUAAUCCAGUUUAUAAAACGGGUCCUUACAUACUAGCUUGGAAACGACGUAUGCCUACUGAAGACUGUGACAAAUAUUAUUCAUUCACGGAACUAGCAUGUCAAUUGAAUGAACCGGAAGAAGAUGUAGCUCCGACAGAUUCUCGGUUAAGGCCUGAUCAGCGGUUAAUGGAGGAUGGACGGUGGGACGAAGCCAACGCAGAAAAAUUGCGUUUAGAGGAAAAACAAAGGGCUGUUAGACGAGCUCGCGAGCACGACUCCGAAAAGGCUGCCGCACAAGGAUUACCUUACGAGGCUUACGAACCGCUGUGGUUUAGGAAGAAGCAGGAUCCAUACACGGACAGCCGUUGUUAUAUUUAUAAUGGCGAAUAUUGGGAUCAUAAGAGCAGAGGUGACUGGUCACGAUGUCCAAACAUAUUUUAGUUUCGUUAUAUAGAUAGAUUCGAUUAUGAUAAGACUUCGUCGCAUACACAUGCAGUACGUGGAGAAGUUUUGAAUCGUUUAAAAGUGAUGGUAGCCGAGAUUAGAAGUCGCGACUGCUUGUUGUCGAGACUUAAAUGCUUAUGAAAUAACAUAGACGUGAUAAUGGAAUUGGGGACGGUGGAUAUGGUUUAAGCAAUUAAUUCUUCCAAUGAACGAAACUUGUUGGCAACUCUGACAUGUACAAUAUGCAAUUUGUACGUGCAUGUCAUCGCCUUCGCUAAUUCUUUAAUUUUUCUACCUCUCUCCCUUUCUUUCCUCCUUUUUCUUCCUUUUUUCGUCUUUUUUCUCGAGUAACGAAACUAUUUAAUCCAACAUGAUGUUUGAUUAAUAUGCGCUUGCGUGCUAUUUUUUAAAUAUUUUCCGCUGAGUUAAUGAACAGCCGAUCUUGAAUUUUUUAAUUCGAUUAAGUGCGUUUUAUUAUAUUAAUAUGUAUAAAUUCGUAAAGAAUCGAAACUGGAUUAAGCCGAAUAAAUUCCGAAUAUUUCAUUAAUUUAGCCUAAAACUGAAAUAGCAGUAAGAUUCAUAAAGAAAGAGGAUGAAAAAACUACUGUUAUCGGAAAGAAAUCAAUUUCAAAUUGUUUAAAUUCCACUUUUUAAUAUAUGAAAUAUUCUCAAUUUAUUUUUAAACAAAUAUUUUAUCCAAUUUUCUAGAAAUUUAAACUUUAAUUUUACCGAAAUCAAUUGUAUAUGUAAUAUAUACGAAAAUUUUGUACAUAUAACGUUUAAUUCAUCUGUUGAAAAUAUUCAUAGAAAGAUGUGCAAUGAGGAAUAGAAUUCGACGUGAAUUAAUAUAAAAUGCGAUAUGAUUUUUCUUUUAUACCCAAAUCAUUUUUAGAAUUCUAAAUAAAGAACAUCAUAUAUAUUAAAAAGUCCAAUUAAAUUUACACGCAUCGGUAAUUUAUUUGCAACUUUUUCCUCAUUGCACACUUUCUACUCGAUCCGGUGUUAUAACCAAAAAAGUCUGAGAAAUGUUUAAAGUGGAACUAAAUCCUGGCAGUAUUGUACGAAUUUAAGGAACAGUAUGCACGUUCAAAGGUUUAGUCAGUGAUUUGGGACACAUGCGCGCGAUUUAUCGGCAUUUGUUCGACAUUUUACAUAUAAUAUAAAUACGACGACGAUGAUGCUUCCAAGUUUGGCCGGCGUUGUUCUCGCAAGAAGAAAGAAAGAGAGAAAAAAAAAGAAACCACGCCAUUUCACGUCUGCACAGAUUUCAAGCACGCUAGAUACGCUCCGAAUACUUUGCCGAGUUGCAACGCGGAGGUAUGCUACGCGUUAUCACUGAAAUGGAACAAGAGCAGAUAUACUUGAGGCGCGAUCGAAGGCUCCUAAGUGCCGCUCCGCCUGAUUGAGGAAAAUCGAAAUCGGGUCCUCGAGCGUAACGAUCAUUUCUUUUUCAAAAUUAUCGCUGUAGAAUAGAAACACGCGUGCACUCAGACGCGUGCGAUCGAUUUAUAGCGAAUGAUUUACGUAUGUACGUACGUAUGUGUUUGUAUGUAUGUAUGCCAAUAUGUACAUAUAAUGAUUAAUUGAUGAAACUUAUUGUAUAUCUCUCUUACUUAUGAGCACAUAGGCCGUUCCAUUCGCGACGUUAUCAGGUAUACAGCUACGUGUGGCUCGAUAAGCGAACGGAACGACGAGCUUGCAGCCAACGUUUACAAUGAUCAUUACGCUAAGUCCUCUGGCUGUAUUAUAAUUUUAAUAGUUUAUAAUAAUUGAAAUGAUUAUAUAUAUUAUAUAUAUAUUAUACACACACCUGUAUACAUAUAAAUACAAAAAUUAAUUAUUAAAAUAAAUAAUUUAACAAGAUGCGACGAGAAUGGGAGUGUGCGUUUGUGUGUGCGCGUGUGUAUGUGUGCGUGUGUUAAGAGAGAGCAGAGAGUAGCGAAACUGGAUCAUUAGCGCUUGUACAUUAGCCAAUUCGUGUGGGGAGAGAGAAAAAAAUACAAAUAUGCUUCGCUACAAAGGGA